AUGAUACUUCGAUUGAUAGAGUUCCUACCUCUUCUUGUCGCAUCGGUCUAUUUGUAUUUUUACGAAGAUGUCGACCCCAAACGAAAACCCGUAGAUAUUGAUGAAAACAGGCUUUCUGGAAUUUACGAUUUUAUUAUUGUUGGCGCAGGAUCUGCAGGAAACAAUUUACAAGAUCAUUUGUGUGUACCUGUGUACAUGCAAGUGAACAAACAUGUCGGAAUAAGAGAUGAAGAAGUGUUUUCAAGAAAAGCAAUUAUGAGAUACACAAAGAAUAAGAGUGGGCCGCUGACAACAAAUGGAUACGAAGCGAUAGUGUUUGUUAAUGUAUUCGAUCCUAAAUCUCUUCUGCAGAACAUUGAAUGGCACCUCACAUCUUUCAGGAUGUUCGUUGCUGAAAAUCCAGCAAACAUCAAGGAAAAUGUUGUCGCCCCUAUUGUAAUAAAUGUUAAUCCUUCCAGUAUAGGAACAGUCAGACUAAAUCCCCUUAAGCCACAAGGACCUCCUUUAAUUGAUACAAACUAUCUUGGGGCAGAUGAGGAUAUGUUGAUUCUUAGAGAAGGAAUAAGAUUACUUUUCGACUUCUUCAGCACACCUACUUUGGCUUCUCUUAAACCACAGAUUUACUUUAGAGAAUUUGGCAACUGUGUCCAGUUCAAAAAUAUGAUUGAUCAGUUAAUAGACUGUAUUAUUACUCAAUACUCGGCAACUCUGUACCAUCCGGUUGGUACAGCUAAAAUGGGUCCAAAAUCAGAUCUGACUUCAGUAGUCAGCCCUGAACUGAUAGUCCAUGGAUUUGAAAAUCUGCGAGUCAUUGACGCUUCAAUAAUGCCAAGGAUAACUCGAGGAAAUGUAAAUGCUCCGACAAUAAUGAUUGCUGAAAAAGGAGCUGAUAUUAUUAAAUUCAGUUACCAUACAAAAUCCACAUAUUGACCCAGCUGCACCGACAAAAACACCAGUUGAUGAAGAACCUCUAUCAUUAUCAAGAAGUACAAGAUCAGGAUGCCAAGUUCGCUUUCCCGGACGCUAUAUCCAGUUCAUUAGCUGACCUAGCCGAUGAUGGGAGUGGUGUGGGGUAGCAUUGUUUCAAGAUUACGUGGCUAGAGAACAUGUGAAGUUAAGUGCAAGAAGAAAGAACGUUUGCCUUGGGUAUUACUUAUAUAAAUAAAUAGUGAUACAAAUUAGUAGUGUGUGGUUACUAAAAUCACCUAAACCCUUACAUAUCCUUACAUACUUAGAGUUAAAAUUUGAAUUAUCUCCAAGUAUUUGCGAGUUGUCCUUAAUCCCAUAGAUGUUAAUUUGUACCUCAGUAUGUGUAAAUAAGUCACGUUUUAUAUUAAAGAAUAGUUGUAUUAUAGGUAUAUCUGCAUAUAUUUAUCGCAAAUCCUUUACAACAGAUCAUAUUUUGUUAAGUAAUUAAUGGAGAUAAUGUAUAAGAGAAAAUUAAAAACAUUAUGGGUAACCACAUUUUUUGCCUCUCAGUGUAAAUAAUCCAGCCAAAAAUGCUUUGAACUAUUGCCCAAGCGCCUUCAUAUCCAACCUUACUAUUCCUGCUUCAAAAUUUCUAUUCUCUUCAAAAUUGCAAUAGGUCAAUAUAAACGCCUCCAUAAAACCGUUGUACCUCAUCCCAACCCUCUGGUCCAAUAUCUUUCAACCCCCCCCCUCUUAUACAAUCCUUCAACGAUGCCUGAAGCGCCAAUGGCCUCAUGAUUUCCUACAUAGUGAGAAAUAGUGCUGUGAUGGACUAUAAUCAAUGGAUUUCUUUUUCACUCUAAUAUUGUGUGAUGUUACAAAAUUAAUAAAAACAAUUAAGUUGCUUGUAGUGCUUUGGCAUUGAUAACAGAACAAUAAAUUUAUGAACAAAUUUGUUUGUAUGUAAUUAGGUAAAAAUAUUUCAAAGUGUAAUAUACGUUAUUCCAUCCCCACCACCCAAAAAACUGUUUAAAGCAAUCUUUCACAGAAACUUUAAAAAUAUAAAAUAAUAAAAAUGA